UCCCCCUCUUAACGUAAAAGUAUUAUGUAUCAAGCUGAGCUAUCUCUGUUUCAGAUUGUGUUUGUUAAUCACCGAUGAAUGACGAUUCUAAUAGUCUUCGAGAAAGGGUUCUCAAUUUGUUCAAUUUAUCACGGGGAGCUCUUACACAAAAGCAUUUUGAAAAGGAAUUUUCUGACGUAUCACUUACUACCAUCCUACCCAUCUUAAAUGCAUUACAAAAGGAGGGGAUGUUGGAUGUCUUGGUCAAUGCAGAUAGGACUUUAUCAUGGCAACUUAGAGAUCAAAAUUCGACUGAGAAGUUGAAAAGCUUAUCGGAUCUGGAAGAACGUUUGGUUUACAAUGCUAUACGUAACGCCGGUGAAGACGCUGCAUCACUGAAGCUAAUUAGUUCAGAAACUAAACUCCCUCAAAACCGCAUACCUAGGAUACUAAAAUCACUCAUUUCUAAGAAGAUGAUCAAAGAAGUGCCGAUGGCUGUUGGUCACAAGCAGAAAGUUUACUUGCUAAUGGAAUUAGAACCCAGUGAAAAGUUGGCUGCAAAUACAUUGUUCGCUGGGGAAUCUGGUGUGGAUGCAGAGUUCAUUUCUAUUUUGAGAACAGCCUGCUUAAAAUAUCUUCAGGAUAAGGCGAAUUCAGCCUCUCAUAUUGCUGAUCCAUUAGAACGUUGGCAAGCUUCAUAUGUUUCCUGUGAAGAAAUCCAUCGGUUCAUUACCAACACAAAAAUUUGCACGGUACCUAUGACUGUUCAGGAUGUCCAAUGUGUCCUUGAAGUUUUAAAGUUUGGGGGUGAGCUAGAAACACGUAUUACUUCUGAAAUAUCUGAUCAAAGUACUAGUUUUGGAAUACUUUACCGACUGGCUACACAAACACCAUCUGUUGCAAAUUUAGCUAAUAUCCCUUGUACAAUAUGCUUGUGUCGAAAGGACUGUCGUCCAGAUGGACCAAUCAAUCCUCAAUCAUGUAAACUUUUUCAAGAAUUUCUGGAGUUCUAACGAAGAUUGCAUAAUGACCAGUUGUAUGCAUUUUUAAAACACUAUAUUCUAAAACAUUGCAUAUUCACUUCAUAUAACCAAGAUACAUCGUUGGUCUUUCAUGCUUACUUUUACUAUUGUGCUGGCGACUAGCAAUAUUAUUUCUGUUAUUAUCAUACCUCUUUGUUUGUUUCAUUCUUGUUGAUCAAACGGAUAUGAAAUCGUUCGGAGUUUUUACUAUCUUAGAUUUAAUAAAAAAUGACAUAUGUACACCGCUUCGAAUAAUCACAACUGUUGAUGUUUUGAAAAUGAUUUGAGCAUUGAAAUUGUUGGCUAGUAAAUUACUUUCCUCUUCAACGUUUAUGAACAAGUUACAACUAAAUGUAGGUAUAUUAGGCUGUAAGGUUUGUAUGUGAAAACGAUAAGUACAACCUUUUAAAUAAGGUUAUGCAAAUUUAAGGACUACGCAUCUGUAAACUUUAUCUGUUCACAAUGAUUGUUCAGAAAUUUUAAAUAGACAUCUAAAUAGUAGUUUAUAUUUAGCAAGGCUUCAACGAGGAAGAGAAUGUAAAUUCUUUGUCUAAUAAUAUGUUUCUACUAUACAGAUAAAAU